CCUUUCGCUGACUUCCAGGGUAGAAGGCGAGAGUGCAUUGCUUUCAGUCAUCGGGGGAUACGACCGUGGAUAAAGAAUCCACUUCUUGGAAGGCUGAAGCAGCUGGUUUCGUUGGGUGAGGAGCAGGGUGGACACUCAAGCCAGUGUCACCCCCAACCCUACACGAUCAUACUUUGGCGUCCCCCCCACCCCCCAACCCUUCCUCACCUAUUCCCUCGCUGCUCCCAUUCACCCCGGGGACAGUGGGCAGGUGGGUUCCGAGAAAGGAAAAGUGAUCUCUCCAAUUCCAGACAAGAGGAAAGGCCAGGGACUACAAAGAACAUACCUAGUAGUGUGUGUAAAAAGGAAGCCCCCCAAUAGGCGACUCCCGGGCGCUCCCGAGGGGCCAGGCCAGCUCCCACGACAAGCACAGACUCUUUAACUCCCCGCUUCCGCGCUGUCUUAGGCCAACCAGGGCACGGGCCUUGUGGGGAGCUAGCCAAUCGCGACGUACCGCUGUCCGCGAACCAACCAAUCGCAUCGAGGCCGCGUAGUAAAUUCGAAUGGCAACUCCUCGCUUCACAUUCCGCGCUGAGUAACGAGGCUCCAAAUUUAAAUCAACGCAGCCUCACGCUGGCGACGAGCGCGAGGGGCGGAGCCUGCCCGGCGUGAGCUGGGGACGCGCGGUGUGAUUGCCCAGGAGAAAGGAAGGCGCUCCAGUUCCGGGUCAGGCCCUUUUCCCGCCUCCCUCGGCCUCCGCCAUGGCGAGUAGCAGCGGUGCCGGGGCGGCGGCGGCGGCGGCGAAUCUGAACGCGGUGAGGGAGACCAUGGAUGUUCUGUUGGAAAUUUCAAGAAUUUUGAAUACUGGCUUAGAUAUGGAAACUCUGUCUAUUUGUGUACGUCUUUGUGAACAAGGAAUUAACCCAGAAGCUUUAUCGUCGGUUAUUAAGGAACUUCGCAAGGCCACUGAAGCCCUAAAGGCUGCUGAAAAUGCGACAAGCUGACUUUCUGGAGAAAUCCUGAUGAGAUAUGUCAGGCUCUUCAAGAGGAUUUGAAGAUUGCAUUGUAGUCAAGAAUGUACAAUGAAAUUACUGCAUGCAGCAGUGUAGAAACAUUUUCCUUUUUAAAAGAAUUAUAAAACCAUAGCUUUAUAAAUCAGUGGAAAAUGGCUUACAGAGAGAACUAUCAGAUGUGUUUACAUCACAUCUUACUUUUUUUUAACAGCUCUAAUGCUGGUUCAUAUUUAUGUAUUCCUUAUUUAUAGCUCUGAUAGCUUUAAUUUUCUAAGCAGUCUGUCUAUCAGAUGUGCACAUCUGCUGUGCCUAGUUGAAGUAUAGUGGAGCCCAUCAGAAGUAAUGUAGUAGUUAUGACUUGUUGACAUUUCCAUUAUAAAAUUUAAUUUUGAAUUGUUUAUGCAAAAUAACCGUGGAUUCAUGUUGUAUUGGGUUAAAAGUUGGCAGAAUUUCAGCCACCUUAUUUAUGGAUUUGAUUUAGACUUAGGUAUAUCAGAAUCUUUCCUAUAAGAGCAUGGAAAUCAUUGUUUUCAUCUGCUCUUUAACAAAGAAUAUUUAGUUUUUUAAACAGAAGUUUUUCUGGCAGUUAAUAAUAUGAACCAGAUUGUUUUUGUAUUGACUGAAAAAUAAAACUUAGAAACUUAGAUUUUAAAAGUAAUGACAGUGCUUAGUUUUAUUUGUCAUUUGGAUUAUUUACAUUUAAUGAGAAUAUUAAUUGAUAAUAUUUUUUUUCUAAGUUUUAUACUCUAAACAUGAUGGCCUAGAAAAAUAAAGCAUAGUGAAACAUUUCCAACAGGCAAAAUUCUUUAAUUUUAUUACAGAACAAAAAUUUGAGUGGUUAUCUAAUAAAUCACUAAAGAGGAAGUAUCUUUCAACAAAUAUGAUAUUUUCUGAAGGAAUACAUAUUUGCAGUCAUUAAACAAAAAGUAAAUAAUCAAAUGUUCUAUAUCAGGAAUUGUAAGUAUCAACUUUCUAAGGUCACUUUUUUGUGUCAUUAUUUUUUCCCUGAAAGUUUUAAUGAAUCAAAGUGAUGGUUCAAAAUAAAUUUUGGGAAAUUUACAAUAGUGUUAAUUCUGCUCCUGUAACAGAAUCUCAAUGGAAUAUUUUCCCCAAGACUAAUAUUUUAAUCUGAUCUUAUUUUAGGUUUUGUUAGCAUUCUUUUAAAUGAUAGUACAAGCAUUUACUCUAGCAGCUUUUUUCUUCAAAGUAAGGCUUAGUAGUAUCUAAGUGGCAACCUUCCGUACUGUUGUAAAAAUCUCAUCUUUUAAUUAUUUUGACUUUGUAAGUGGAUAACCUCUUUACCAAGGGCACUGGAAGGUCUAUUGGCAGAACCUGGUUGGGAGACAAUAACGACUUGUGAUGCUAAAUCAUUUAUUUGUUAAUAAACACUGCAUAUAUUGCAUGUUGUUACUUAAAAAAUUAUAAAGAGAACACAUUUGUCAGGCUUCAAAAUUUGUAUAUACCCUUAGGCCACAAGAGUUAAUAGUUUUAUUUAUGAUUUUGUAGAUUAAGUUAUUUAUGUAUGAAACAAAGCAGGAAAAUAUAUUGAGUAUGUUUACAAAGAACUUUAAUGUGUUACACUUAAAUGUAAACAUAUAUUUUUAAUGCAUACUUAAGUACUAUUUAACGAAAUCAAAACAAAUUAUAAUGAUACAAUUGGCAGUGUUAUGCAUGUUGUCAGUGACAAAAAUAAAACCAUUUUGGUGGUAUUGGCAUGUA